UGUUUGAGUGUCGAUCAAUUUGUUCCUUUGAUCAAAUUGAAGUGUGGAUUAUGCUCUGCUCAGCAAAGCUCAGCUCUUGGCUAUAUAAAUGUCCAUUCUACUGUCCAUAAAGAGCAGAAGCAAAAGUUUUAUAGCUUAUCAAAAAGAGAGAGAAAAUGGGUGCAAGCAAAACAGAGGUGGAAUCAACUGUGAGAGAAGGAGAAGCUGAGAAGAAUCACCUGAUGGCUGGUGGUGAAGUCGAUCCUAUACCUCUUCUCAGUCCAUACAAGAUGGGAAAGUUUCUACUUUCUCACAGAGUGGUUUUGGCACCAUUGGCAAGAAUGAGGUCUUUCAACAACAUCCCUCAACCACAUGCUAUAGUAUAUUACUCUCAAAGAACCACCAAAGGGGGGUUGCUCAUAAGUGAAGCCACAGGUGUUUCUGAUACUGCUCAAGGAUUCCCACAUACUCCUGGUAUUUGGACAAAAGAGCAGGUAGAAGCCUGGAAACCUUUAGUGGAUUCUGUUCAUGCAAAGGGUGGUGUCUUCUUUUGCCAGAUUUGGCAUGUGGGAAGGAUGUCUACUUCUGAUUUGCAGCCAAAUGGGCAGGCUCCCAUCUCAUCCACAGACAAACCACCAAAGCCACUUGUUCUCGCUGGUAGUGAUGAAGUAACAGAGUUAACACCUCCAAGACGGUUAAAGACGCAUGAAAUCCCUCAAAUUGUCAAUGAUUUCAGAAUUGCUGCUAGAAAUGCAAUAGAAGCUGGCUUUGAUGGAGUUGAGAUCCAUGGGGCUCAUGGAUACCUACUUGAGCAGUUCAUGAAGGACCAUAUAAAUGACCGAACAGAUGAAUAUGGUGGGAGCUUACAAAAUCGUUGUCGCUUCCCUCUGGAAGUAGUUGAGGCUAUUGUCAAUGUGAUUGGAGCUGAUAAAGUUGGGAUUAGGCUCUCACCGUUUGCUGAUUAUCAGAGUUCUGGGGACUCAAACCCAGAAGCUCUUGGCCUUUACAUGGCUGAAUCCCUUAACAGAUACAAGAUUCUCUAUUGCCACAUGGUAGAGCCAAGGAUGAUUACAGUUGGGGAAAAGUCUGAAACUCCCCACAGUCUUCUACCCAUGAGAAGGGCGUUCAAUGGCACUUUUAUUGCAGCUGGGGGCUACGAUAGGGAAGAUGGGAACAGAGCAAUUGCUGCCAACUACUCAGAUCUUGUGGCUUAUGGUCGCUUAUUCUUGGGCAAUCCAGAUUUGCCAAGGAGGUUUGAGCUUAAUGCUCCUCUUAACAAGCACAAUAGAGCAACAAUGUACCUACCUGAUCCCGCAAUCGGUUACACUGACUAUCCGUUUCUUGAUUCCACGACUCCAAAUUCAGAAACUUAAGAGAAGUUUAGUAAUCAAGUUACAAGCCGAGCAUGCAUUUGAAGAU